UACUUUUGAAUCUGUUUGCAGAGCCUCAUGACAGAACUUUAGCAUGCUCAAAUUCAGGUUAAGAUGCAGGCUCACACAUGUGGGAUAACUCAUGCGCAGAGGUUUCGUUGACGACAUGUUUGUAUUUCAUUAACUUGCUGCUCUGUGUCAGGACUUUGGACCUGAAGGGAAGCUGGACGAGAGGAGAAAAUAACUCUUUAAGAAGAAUUACAGGAAGAAUGGGAUAGAAACAGCAAAGAGAAAAACUAAACUUGAAGUAGAAGAAAUGGACUGAGGGGAGAGAAAGGACAACAGAGUAGAGGGACAUGGGGAGAGAGAGACUCACCUGGGGACUGCUGCUGCGUGUGGGUGUUCUGCUCACUGGCUUGUGUGUGUGUGUUCAUGUUUACCUGGAGACCGGUUGGCGGGGAACACCUGCUCCCCUGGGACGUCCCACCCAGGAUAGUCAGAACUGGGGCCAACAAAGCAGAACCAAAGCAGAGGCAGAGGAGCAGGAAAGGAGCAUUAAAAAGAGAAUCUCUUAUGUCCGGACACUAAAGAAGGACAGCCAGACUAAGAAAGAGGAAGACAAAGAUGAGCCCUCACCUGCAUGCUGCCCACCCCUACGCUCCCACAGAAAGACUACUCGGUGGCAUAUAGACCUGGAGCCCUGGGCUGCUGUGAGUCAUUCUCUGGAGGAUGAAGCCAAAAGGUUCCUCAACUACAUCACAACACCACAAGUGUCAUGUGCAUCUUUGACCGGUGAUGAAGCUGCUCAGGAGGGGACCAAAGGGGCCUGGGCUGCAUGUCUGGACCCCAAAUUCAGCCUGAGCCACAGAAUACAGAGCAAACACUGCCGGGUGUACUCUUUUGGGCUGGGUGUGGAUGACCGGACCUUGGAGCGUUCUCUCUCCAGGGCGGGAUGUGAGGUCCACUGCUUCGAUCCCAGUCUGAAGCAGCCUCACCUGCAGCAGGCAGACAUGUGGCUUCAUCGGCUCUCCAUAGACUGGAGGGACCCCAACCCGGCCUUCGUCGCCCAGCGUCAGUACGCCAUCACCAAGAAACUGGCCACCAUUCUAAAUGACUUUGGACACAGACAGGUGGAUGUACUGAAGGCAGAUAUGGAGAGCGCUGAGUGGAAGAUUUUGGAGAACUUGGUCCUGGAAGGGGUUCUGGACUCAGUGGGGCAGCUGCUGUUGGAGCUCCACCUGCACUGGGCGGGCUUUGAGGUGGGGGGGGAAGACCCCUCCGUGGUGCGGUACUGGUUCAGCCUGCUGAAGGAGCUGGAGCGCGCCAACUUCCGCCUCUUCCACGUCCACAGUGACCCAGCCAAACCUCACCUCUUCCUGCAUAAGAAUGUUCUGAACGCCAGCAGUGUUUACACCCUGAGCUGGGUGAACACAGAGUGGAAGCCUUGAGGGAAGAGAGACGGAGCGAUAAACCCACAAAAAAAAAAACAUAUCUUGGCUUGAACAGCUUCUGGAUGGAAAUAUACAAGGUUGUGUCACAUGGAGUUUUAAGUCGGAGUACACAUUCUGCCAGACCACAGCUGUUCCUUAACAGACUGCUCUUAUCUGGCCUGACCUUUCUGCCAAGCUGAAAUCCCUGCUCCUACUUAUCCUGUUCUUCCUCUCCUGGCCUAUAAAGACCUUGGACGUGUAAAGGGGCAGAAUAAUUGCUUUCCGAGGCUCUCUGUGGUCUACCUCAUAGUGGUGGUGUUUUGGCUGCAGGUCAGCCUCCGAUUCAGUCAGCUCCGUCAUCAUGGUACUAUCAGAGCUUGUUGUUAGACAACCUUUCCAGAUUAUAAUGGUCUGCACAGGCCUACAGCCCACUCAUUAGAACAUGAAUAAAUAUACAUUUUGUUAAAGGAAAUGUAUUGAAUUUGAAUAUUUUGAGAAGGCAAUAGGGUCUGCUUUAAAAAAAGAGAAUAAGCAGAGGAAUGUGUGCAAAGGUAGAGAUGUCGGAAGCGGAUGAUUUCUGGACAAGCGGAUGUUUCCCUUUACUUGAACCCUGAUAUGAUUUUUAUCUCGAACCGAAAACAUAACAGUAAUGUGAAGGACGUCAGUGAUGCAUCUAGAUUUGCUCAUUUUUGAUUGUUGGAUAUUUGAAUGAAUAUGUGUGGGAGAGUGUGUGGGAAAAAGACAAAAAGAAUACAUGAACUUCAAUUAUUUCCUUCCCAUAUUGCAGUGUCCUGGGUUGUAAUGAAACAAAACCAACAAUUGAGGUCCACACAAAGCGGCAUUGUGUGACUGUCAUUUCUUUUCCUCCUUUCAGUUUUUGUGUGGUGUACAAUAAGCCUCACUCACCAUCUCUGCUGCACCAGAAGUUAACCAACAAACUUUCUCUGAAAACAAAUCACUGGGAUUGCCAACCUCAAAAAAUAUCCAAUAAAUCUGAUUUGCCAAAUAUUUAAAUGAAAUGUAAUAAAGAAAGUUAACAAAAGGUCUCUCAUGUGUUGUGUUAAAUUAUGGCUGAAUACACAUUUUGUCCAAGG